AGACAACGAGGACAGAAAACAGUAAAUCAUGUCCUUUUACAAUUUGUCUUUGUUAUAGUAUUUCCUAUUUGAUUACAUCACUUUUUUCUUUUUUUUUUUUUCUAAAAAUCUUACUGCAAAACUAAUAGGGGCACCAUCUGAUGAUUGUGAGUAUAUAAAUUCUCUCUCUUCGUUAAGUCCUACAUCAAAGCCAAAGCCAACCUAGAUUUCUCUCUCUAGCAUUUAGGCUGCCAUGUUUUUAAGUUAGUUCUUUGCUCUACUUUGGAACACUGUUUUCAGGUGAAGUGAUAUCUGUCUUUGGUUAAGAGAGAUAAAAACUUUUGUCUUUCUCUAAAGAAUCAAGGGAAGUGUGCGUUGUGGGUUGAGAAAUGUAUGCAGAGACAGAGCUAUUUUUCCCUUACAUGCAGAACUUUGCUCAAGAUUUUGAGCAGUUCGAAGAGUUCUGCAAAACCCAGAAGCCCAAUGCUCCAAUGGGCUCUAGGCCAAAGCUUUUUGUAGAAUACAGCUCCUGCUCUCUUUGGACAAUGCAAAUCAAGAACAACCUGGUUCAGACCUCCACUAUAUCUGAAUAUGACCUGGGAGGAGAAGGUGAUCUGUUCAAAGCUCCAGAACCCAUCAUUGAGGAACCAAUCAUGGACCUUGAUCCCAUGACUGCAGCCAUCUCAUUAAUCUCGUGUGGUGAAGAUGUCAUUACUUCACAGGGACUUAAGGCUGCAGAUAUUGAAUCAAUUCAAAAUGUGCAGCUUUUAGAGGCUCUCUAUGAGUGUGAGAAGGAUCUGAUGGCACAAGCAGGAAUAGAAACUCCACUGCCUGAGGUCCUGGAUGUCAAAAUUCCUGUUAUGAAGACAGAUGAAAUCCAAAAUCAAGAAAAUGAAGUGUUCUGCGACAUUCCAUUCCAGAAAAGUGUCAGCUCAGGUUGUUUAAGCUCAAUGGAAUGGAUGCAAGCGGCUGCAAUCAAGCCUAAUUUUCUGGAUUUCCCUGGAAUUGAUUUUGGUUCUGUUUAUGGAAUGAGGAGAGCAUUUAGUGAAGGAGAUAUAAAGACUCUUGGCAACGGUAAUGUGAGCAUUAUCCAGCGACCACUAAUUGUCAGCAGCUGUUCUACUGAAGAUCGAAGGGAAAAGCUCUCUAGAUACAGGAAUAAGAAGACAAAAAGGAACUUUGGAAGGAAAAUCAAGUAUGCUUGCAGGAAGGCUCUUGCUGACAGUCAACCAAGGAUUCGUGGAAGGUUUGCAAGGACUGAUGAAUAUGACAACUCCAAGAGGCAAUAAUUGUUGACUAAUCGUAUGAUUAGUAAGUAAAGCAGGAAUGAAGUAGCUAGGACCAGUGAGGCAAUGGAAAAAAAAAAAAGGAAAAGAGUUUUAGUGUAAACUUCCAUAUAUAGCCUUUGUGGAAAUCUUAGACAGGUAAUGCUAAAUAAACCAGAAGCCAGCUCCUGAGAAAUUGCUCUACCUUUUUUGCUGUAAUAACUUCCUUUAUAACGGAAAUGGCCAAGUAGUAUGUACAUAAGUGUUUGUUCAAUAAAAUGGCAGAGCAGAAAUUUGUACUUGUUCAUAUAUGUUUUAUAAAAUGAUGAUGUUUUCUCCAUCUUGGUCCUCUCUGAUCACAUUUAGUAAUUUCCCCAUGUAUCUGGUUUGUUAUUGUGCAACAAUCAAGGCUCAUUUCUACUGAAGUUGCCCUUUCCUCAGAAAGGUUGAUGAUAAAGAAUACCUAUAAUUGGUGUGCGCAAAUGCUUCUAUUCCAUCACGAGCUCAUCAGGCAAUCUAAUCAAUUUCUUCAUAUUGGACUGCGGUGGCUGCCAAUCUUAUUUCAUGAGCAGAAAGGUUUUCGAUUUUUUCCAUGAUGGCACCAAAGCAUAUACGACCUGUCAAGGAAGUCCUUUUCUUUUUAAUUAGGUGUGAUGUGUCCAUUCGGCUUCAAUGCUGGAAUGAUUGCCGAAACUUUCAAUAAUUUGACAUUUUUCAAAGAAGUAUGAUUACUUUGGGAGUUUAAUGCCCACCACUCAUUGCUGCCAUAAUUCUCACAUGUGGACAAACACCGAGGAAUUUCAACUGUGGUAAUAUCAUUCUUAGUAGUCAGUUGAGCCAACAGUUCUUGUUGGGUAGAACGGAGAAUACGGACGGGACGGGACAAGAAACAAAGAAAUAAAUCAUUACAUAGUUGGACUAGGACUGUGGUUGUAAUGAAACAGUAAAAGUAUAAAGUUGACAAUAUACCACUACUUUGCAGGUUGCCUGUCCCUAGUUACUCUGGCUUAUGGAACAUUAAGCUCACUAAUUAGACAUCCCCAGUUUCAGUAAAUGGUAGCUGAGUUAAACGUUCAUAUGACGUCAAACGGAUGUAUCUACGCUUCUACUUCUUGUUCAGAACUUACAUUUCACGGACACUAGUUCUAAAGU